CAAAGACACGGCGAAACAUUAAAAUACAACAAUCAACUUCGGUGUUUUAAAAUUAGAUUCUUGAAAAUCUGAUUCGAAAAAUUCUUUCAAAUGUUGCAUUCCGAAAGGCGCUACCCAAAGAGCCGCACAAUGAGCGCUCAAGCGAGGAGUUCGUCAGUCAGCCGGUUGUCUUUAUUGGAUAGGGCCGAAUUAGAGGAAAAGUUUGCAAAGUCGCUCAGUGAGAGCAAUGAACUCAAGAAAAGAAAUAACGAGCUCCAAGAUUCCUUGAGGCAGUUGAAGGCAAGGCUUCGCUGGCCUGCGCAUUUACAGGAAGCCGUCCUGAGCAAAGAAACCCAGCAGCAGGCUCAAAGCUUAAAAGCUAUGGAGAUGCAAAAUUCGCAGCUCAUUGAAAAGUGUCAUCAUUAUGAACACGUUAUUGGAAAACUUGAGGAUCGGCUAGAGUCCAACAAAGAUUUCCCCGAGGAAGUUUGCAGCAAAAUUUUAAGGGUGCCUGAAGAUUCUGUGAACGCAGAGAGGCUUCAAAAUAACGGACACAACUUGGCCACGCCAAUUCGGUGCUCUGAUAAACCCACACCUUCUGAUAGCCACUACGCUGCUGUUAAAAAAGCUAUGGACGAAUGGAAAAGUCAUGCACUUGCCUAUAAACAGCAAGCUGCAGAAGCAGUCACAAGACUGAAAGACACAGAAGAGCGACUAGCCCAAAUGUUGAGGCUUCACACAUUGGACUCAGCGGAGCUAAUUCGCACCUCAAGGGCCUCAAAGCAUUCAAUGGCGCAGCUCACAACUAUACAAGACGAGAAUAGGCUUUUGAAAGAUGCAGUUAAAAAGUUUCAGGAGAAGUUUGAGGAUGUGGUUGGACAGCUAGAGGCUGAAAAAUUAAGAAACGUCGAGCUUCAGGAAGCAGCAUCACAAGUCUUGCAGCUGCAAAGGGGGAAUUCGGAGCUACUCAUAGAAAUUGAAGAUCUAAAGAAGGAAAAGUCUGCUAUACAAGGCCAGAUGAAUAAUGUGGUUCGCGAGGCAGGAAAAGUGCCAGAAGCGUUGGAGUUGGAGACAAAGCACCUGAGGAAGCAACUCGACGUCUUGAGAACAGAACAUGCCGCUGACCUGAAGAAAAUUCAGCAAGAAUUGGAGGAAAAGUGUCAAGCCUUAGCAAAUUUCAGAGAGCACGAGGAAGAGCUGAGAUCAAAACUGAAUGGGCUGCAGUGCCACAAGCUGCCGACAAAGGAGCCGACCCAGCACAAGAUGACGCAGACCAUUAAUUUCGAAGUUGAUUUAAAGCCACCAGAGGCCACAGUGGAAUUAACCAACGAAGAGAGUGAUCAGAUGCUCUCACAAAUGAGUGUCGAGGUCGAGGUGCACAAGCAAGCAAUGAGGUCUAUGCAGAGCAUGUGCGAGUCCUACAAGAAGGAACUUGAGGGCCUCCACGAUCAACUGCAAACGGAGAGAAAGAGCUACGCUCGUCAGUUGAGCCUUGAAAUGGCCCAGUUUAAAGCUCUGCAGGAGCAGUUGAAAAACCACACCAUCAACAACCAGUUAGUUGUGACAGCAGAUGUUGAGCCGAGUAAGAAAACUCCAAAACCAAAGCCGAGAAAAAUCUCAAAUCCUGUUAGGAAAGCUGAAGAACAUUGUGCAGAACCUGAUACAAAGGAGCUUGUUUUGGAAAUAGAAAGUCUUGAGGUGCCUGAGAAAAGCUUGAUUGCGGGAAUAUCAGAGUUUAAGAAGUUCUUCAUCGAGUUCAAAUUGGUCACCUCAAAGGGCGAACAAUCGGAAAUACGUGAAACUCCAGAAAAUUACCCACUUCCAACUUCCCAUCUCAGCCCAGCUAUUGUAGGGCACAAGCAUAUCUGGCAGGUUCAAGAGCAUCAAAGUCUCUUCGGAAACACAGAUUGUCUCAUUCAGUUUGAUCUUGUUGCUGACAAUGAUAAUGAACCAGACGACGCAUGCACGGAAAUAGGGAUUGGAAAAUUGCCCUUGUCUGAGCUCCUCAAUGUGGCUAAGCCAAAUAUACCCGUCUGCUUGGACGUGCCAGUUCGUAUCGAAGAGGACGAUGAGACAGUUGCCCAUCUGAAAGUUGCUUUGACCAAGUUGAUUUAAAAUACUAUAGGAAGUUUUUGAGUCCGAGUAAAUAGAUUAUUCAUUAUAGAUUUAUACAGAUGAUUAAUUUAAUUAAAUGCAACAACAAACUUUUAAAUGUUGUGUUUUUGGAUAACACUAAAAAUUAUUACUAAAAAUGUGUAUAAGCUUUAUAUAACAACAGAAAAAUUUUCCCUUGAAACCCCAAAUUUACCUUGCAAUCAGACCUUAUUGGUGAUUCAUCACAAAUAUUAAUUAACUUAGAUUUAACCGUUAGCAAUGUAGCGUGGUUUUAAUACAUACUGACUAGAAUAAGGGAUUACUUUGCACCUCCACAAGCCCCUCGUUGACCUCUAUGUUUCCAUCAGCAGGGGUUGGAGCAGAGGACAUUGGAGACUCAAGAACGCCUAAUUCAAUAGAUUCCUUUUCAAGUUCCAUCA